AUGUCAAACGAUCUUAGCUCCCGUCUUAGACCUGACAACUUUAACUUCCAAAGAUACUACGAUUACAGAGAUGUCAAGUCAAGAAAACGUACAGGGCAACUUAGAACAUUGUACGACCCAGAUCUUGGUCUUGCACUGCCACUCAUUCUCUCAACAACUUUGUUCUUCAUGGCCAUUGCUUUACACGAUAUUCUACUUCAUCCUGAUGUUAUAGGCACUCAAAAAACAUUGUGA